AUGCCUCCCGCGGGGUCCCAAGUGGCCGAGCUCGCAUCUAAGCUCUACGAUGCAUGCGUGAGCGAGUUCGAGCCGGACCACCUGUUCUACCAAAACGACUUUCUCAAUCUCAAAAUCAUCCCUGGGGAUGACCUCUCACUUCUUCUCCAAUGCGCCCAGAGUCUGGUUGAUCAGAAUCUGUUCCGGCUUCUCCAAAAAGAUGGCAAACUAACAUGGCGGCUCAUUGACCGCGAGGAUGCUGAGAAACUUCGCAACCUCACGCCCGACGAGGCCAUGGUCUACAAUGUCAUUCACUCCACUGCACGCACAGGUAUCUGGGUGCGCCAUAUUGGAUCCCGCACGAACCUGCACAAGUCUAUCCUGGAUCGCUGCCUCAAAUCUCUCGAAGGCAAAAGUUACAUCAAAUCUCUGCACAAUGUCAAAUUCCCCAGUCGGAAGAUGUACAUGCUGGCUGGCCUGGCUCCCAGCGAAGAAGUCACCGGAGGAGCCUGGUUUACCGAUGGUGUUCUCGAUGCCAACUUCAUCAGCACUGUCGCCGGCUUUAUUGAAUUCACCGUGAGCCGGAAGAGUUGGUACGAGGUUCCCGCCUCAGAGCGCAAGAACAAGCGCAUCAAAACCGCCUCCGGCAAAGCAGACGUCAAAGAAGAAAGCGUCUACCUCCCCUACCCACAGGGCUACAAGGGUUACCCUACCGUUGAACUGAUCACAUCCGCCGUCAACGAGAGUGGCAUUACGCCCGUCCGCCUGGGCGAAGAGAGUGUCGUCCAACUCCUCGAGAUGCUCUGCUAUGACAACAAGCUGGUAUCCCUGGCAAACGGUGCAAUCUACAGAUCCCUCAAAAGCCCCGCACAAGUCAAGGAAAAGCAAGCCCGGAAGCCACCUAUUGAAGGCGACGACCUCGCCGUUGUGAACAAGCACCUUGUGAAAAACGGCAUGACCGAAGCACCCUGCGGCCAGUGCCCUGUGUUCCGACUGUGCUCACCUGGCGGAGCCGUCAGCCCUGAAACAUGCGAAUACUUCGAUCCUUGGCUGGAGAGUGGACUUGGCUUUUAG